AUGCAUUCCAUCAGCGUCAUAUCUGCUCUUGGCAUUUUAUGCGCAGCGUUGUCUGUGUCUUUCGGUACAAACAGCGCGACCAGCUGCAGCAGUGGGACGUCAUGUACCGCUAGCAGCACUACGACGACCACCACAACCACUACCACGGCCAAAAGCACUGACAUUAGCUCCACAACCGAAAGCAUUCAGCGUAGCAACAACAAUAAAAAUUUUUUGAAAGAGAAACCUAAAGAUCUGCAAACCUGUCAACGUAAAUCGGCUGAUUUUGAUAAAUGCAUAGUGAGUGCAUAUCAGCACAUAUUUAGUACCUGGAAAAAUGGUUUACCUGGCUUUGCUCAUUCAGAACCCAUAGACCCCUUAUUUGUGCGCGAAUUCGAGGUAAUCGAAGAUAGUGAAAAUAUCACACCAAUCACAGUGAAAAUAAACAACAUCACAGUAACUGGUUUGAGUGAGGCGAAGGUGAAGAGUGUCAACUUCAAAGAAAAUGAAUACGAUUUCAAAAUGACUUAUUCAGUGCCUAAAAUACGCCUAAAUGGUCACUAUACAGCUCAAGGACAAGUGCUGCUGCUCAAAAUCGACACGGAUGGUGAAAUGUUCAUGGAAAUUCUUGACGGCCUCUACACCGUAUCGACAAAAGUUAAAUUACAAACUUUAGAAAAUCACAAAUUUUUCGACUUGAAAGCGAUGCAAUUCAAUGUGGACACAAUAAAGGAUUUGCAUUUGCAUUUCGCCAAUUUGUUCAAGGACAAAGUGUUGAAUGACAAUACAAAUGCUGUAUUCAAUGGCAGCUGGCGCGUAUUUUUCGACAUAUUCAAGCCAAAAAUCGAAGCGGAAAUCAAUAAAGUGCUAUUGGCGCACUUCCGCAGCGUGUUCGACCAGGUGCCGGCCGAAUUUUUUAUUGCCGAUGUAGCAACAGCGGCAGAGGCAGAGGCAGAGGCUGCAGGUAAGCCAGCGGAAGGUAGCAGCAAACUAACGGAACUGCACGCACACAGCCUACUUGGUGCUAAUAGCAAAAACAAAGAUGUUACACAUUUGGAAUUGCAGCAUGCGACUCAGGCCAGCGAAAAAUCACAUGUGAAAGAUGAAAAAUUGCAUUAA